AUGCUGGAUGCUCAGAGCCUUACAAGCCUUCCUGCUUCCAUCUCUCUGGCCUCUGCACUCCGAGAGCUAGCCAUUGACGGUCUCCGAAGUAUUACAUCCCUACCCCAAGAAUUCGGGCAGCUGACGGCACUUGAGUCUCUCCGCCUGGCCAACCUUCCACAGCUCACCCACCUGCCAGAAUUUCUUGGAAACUUGACCAACCUUGAUGAGCUGAAAGUGGUGAAGUGCGCAAGAUUGCAGCGGCUGCCCGUUUCUCUAUCCCAGCUAUCUACCCUUGAAAAGCUGGAUGUGAGUGAGAACCGGAGGCUCACGGCUCUACCAGAUGACAUGGGAAACGGCCUCUACAGCCUGCGGGAACUCCUCCUACUUCCUUGCAAAGCCCUCACUCAUCUCCCCCCAUCCUUCUCCAGUCUCUCGUCGCUCGAAACCCUAAGAAUCUUGAAUGCAGAGAGCUUUAGAGGGCCCCUGCCUGACGGCUUUGGCUGCUUGAAAAGCCUCAAGGAGCUCUGGCUGUGCUCCUUGCCGCACCUCUCAGCCUUCCCUUCGUCACUCCCCGGGCUCUCCCGCACACUCACCAGCAUGUUAGUGGCAAACUGUUUGGAAAUAAAGGAGCUGCCUGAGGAGAUUGGACGGCUGGAAAGGCUUGAAGAGCUCACGGUCUCGAAGUUAUACGGUGUGGAAUCACUCCCGAAGUCGCUGUUUCAGCUGCCCGCGUUGCGGCAGUUACAUGUGCUGGGGUGCACGGGGCUUGUAACUUUGUUUCGAGAUGAAACGGUGGGAGCAGCUGAGCAGGAGCAGGGACAAGGGGCCGCCACUGGUAGCAUCACCCGUGGCAGCGGCAGCUGUAGUGUGAAUGGCAGCUGCAGCAGCAGCAGCGGGCCGAGUAGGAGUGCUGAGCACCUGCUCCUUCCAUCUUUGCAAACUCUCAAACUCACGGCUCUUAAAAUUAAAGCCCUCUGCCCGUCCCUGAGCCAGGGGUUUGCGACAGUGGAGGAAGGAGGUCAAGAUGGAGAGGAAUCUGAAGAAGGCGAGGAAGAAGAGGAUGAAAGUGAUGAGGAGGAUGAUGAGGAUGCGGAUGGUGAUGAGGAGGAUGAGGAGGGUGAUGAGGAUGACGAGGCGGAAGAGGACCAGGAGGAAGAAGGAAGUGAAGAUGGUGAGGAUGGAGUCGGUGCUGCAUAA